GACAGGCAUUGUUUAUUUACAAAUGUUAUGACAUGAUGUGAUGUUUUGUUGCGUAUUUGUAUGUAAUUAGCCAGAUAAGAUUUUUUUUCUAAGUAUAUAUUUUUUUAAAUUUAUUUCUUAUAUUUAUAUGAAUUUACAAUGUCCACUGAAAAUACGGUUGCUGUUUUAAGUGAUGAGGAUAUGAAAACAUUGCUCAAUUAUAAUGUUUCCGCUGAAGAUCGAGAGAUGUACCAAAAAGCAUAUGAAGAACAACAAGCUGCUGGUGAAGUUGAGCUGCAAACUAAAUUUCAGUAUGCCUGUUGCUUGACACACAGUAAGAAUCAUCAUGAUCUUAAACAGGCUUCAGUUCUGUUUGAAGAACUUUUCAAGGAAGGUACUGAAGAACUUAAAAGAGAUAGUUUAUUUUAUCUAUCAGUAGUUGAAACUAAACUGAAAGAUUAUCUAAAAGCAAAAAAGUAUGUAGAAGCCUUUUUAAGUGUAGAACCAUCCAAUGUCCAAGCCGAACAACUGAAAUGUUAUAUUGAGAAACACUUAAAAAAAGAUGGCAUUACUGGUAUGGCACUUGUUGGAACAGCUGCAAUAUUUGGUGGAGCCACAGCUGUAGUUGUUGGUACAUUGGCAGUAGCGGCUGCUGUUGGAUUUGCUUUUAAAAGAAGGAAGUGAGAAGUUGUGGUUUAGAAGCAAAAUCAUGAAUUUUGUGUGAAAUUAAUCGUGUUAUUAAAAGAAUAUUCAUCUGUGAUAAUAAAACAAUAGGUUUGAAAUGCUAAUCAUAUUGAGAUACAAUUCAGUGAGUUUACCAUGACAAACCUGAUUUUUUUUUCUUUUGUGUUAUUAUUUUUUGAAAAUCGUAUUAUUUAUUUAUAGUUAAAUAGAAAUGUUCCAUAAUUCUGUUUUUUUUUUAAUAAAUGAAUUUUGAGUCAGAAAUAUCUUUCUUUAUUUCCCUCUUAGGAAAUGGCAUUAAUAAGUUAUUUUUUUCUUCUUAUUUUUUAUAUAGCAAUUCUUUAUGUAUUGUUGCAAAUACUUUUAAACACAAAGAUUUAUAUUUCUGCACAUAUUUUUAUGUAUAUACGUGAGUUAUAUAUACAUAUAUAUUUAUAAUAACUAUGCUUUU